CUCUUCCAGACGGUUUGCACUAAGAUUUGUAGAUUUCUCGCCGCCAUUAAAACCUCUGCUUUGCGUUUUUCUUUCUCUCUUCCUCCUGCACGAGUACCCAUUUCUGGAGAAGAAGACAAGGUUCCUACACAACUCCAUUAAAUCGAUUUAAUCGAUCAGUUUCUUCAAUUUUCGCGCAACGCCGGAAACAAAAACCCUAGGGAAGACGAGGAUUUCGAUAAUGAAGUUUGCUUUCGCUGUUCAAAUUCGAUCGGUUUUGUAGGAGCUGAAUAGAGAAAAUGUCGAGGCCGAUCAUGCUUGUGUUUCUUCUGGUCAUACUCAUAGUCACUUCUCAGUUUGAAUGGAGGCAACCACUUCUUGAGCUUGAUGCAGCUCCUAGCUUGUCUCAGAAACAUCAGCAAAUUGCAAAGAGGGAAGAAGCUGUCAAGGAGAAGAUCAUCUUGUCACAAGAGAGACAUAUCCAGAGGCUAAAUGACCUUGUACGAAUUCUUCAAAUGCAGUUACAGCGAUGCAAAGGAGAGAACGAGACACGAAACGCCACAGAAACCACCCAUCUAAACAGACAGUUCAUUGAACUCGAGAGGAAACACAUCGUGGAAGACUAAUAUUUCCUCUAUGUAACAACAACUCUACUAAAUAACCCAUAAUGGUACGUAAAAAAAGACUGUUGUAAUUUAUUUCUGUCUUGUCAAAAACCUUGACGAUGAUGUUUUGAUUAGGAGGAUCACCUUAUUCAUGAGAAAUGUUGGGAAGUACUUGUAAUAAAAUUUGAGAACUAGGGUGCGUGUAAUAUUUGUACUUAUUAUGGUUGAUUCUAUCA